ACUCGCCGCAGGGUGACCGCGACGGAGAGAUCGAAGACGAGGAGCAGCACUGCGAUGAGGAGGAGCAGACAUCAGAGGGUCCGCCUCACCCACACGGGCAGAGAUGGCGGCAGAUUGAACAGCAACAUCAGCAGCGGUGGAAGGAGCUGGAACUACAACAUCAGCAGCUAUGGCAGGAACUGGAGAACUCAAGAAACGAAGAAAGAGUGAGGAUGGACAAAAAUCAUGAAGAAGAGCGUCGGGAUCUGGAGCGGGAACAUGAUAAGAAGUGGCAGAACCUGAGCAAAUGCCACCAUGAGGAGCGUAUUGAGCUUUAUCAGCAGCACAAGGAAGACAGCAGAAGCAUGAACAUGCCGACUGAGGACCAGUUAAGGCAGUUGGAUCUCUCCCACCAGCAGCAGUGGGAAGAUCUUCAGCAGGACCUGCAGAAGCAGUGGCAAGAGCUGGAGCAGAGACACCAGAGAGAGUCACGAGAGCUGGAAGUGAGAUACCCAAACUCAGGCUCUGGAGAGGAGAAGAAUCAGCUGCAGGAGGAGUGCAGCAGCAGAUGUGAAGAGCUGCAGGAGGAGCAGGGUAAGGAGUUGGAGAGGCAGGAAAGGAAGGAGCUGGAGGAAGAGCUGAUAGAGGAGAUAAGAAAUGAGCUAAGGGAGGAGGUGAAAAACGAGUCAGAGAAGGAGCUACGGAAGCAGAUAAGAAAGGAGCUGAAGAAAGAACUAAAAAAGGGUCUACGGAAGCAGAUAAAGAAGGAACUGAAGAAAGAGCUGCGGGUGGAGCUGCAGCAGGAGUAGAAGCAUCUUGAAGAAGGUCCGCCACCAUCACCAUCACCACCACCAUCACCAUCGCCACCAGCACCAUCAUCGGCCUCAGGAUCAAGCCCGCCACCAGCCUCCGUGAGUUUGAACUUAUCGAUUGAAUCUGAAAGUAUAAAAUUGGCUAUAUGUUUAGAUGAUUUUGUGCGUUCCCCUCCCAAACCAGAUCAACAGGAGGGGGAGGGGUUCCCACCCCCCGCGCCAUUUCGUUCCUUUUUUGCUGCUGAGGUAAUUUCAGGUCAAGUUAGGUCAAGGUCAAUGAUAUGUGUUCGCAUGUCUGUGUGUGUCUGUGUGUGUACUGAUGUGUGCACCGGGUGUUUAUAAUAAUAAUAAUGCCCUUUAUUUUCGUUCCAUCCUUGAAACAUAUGUGAGCACACAUCGACACUUUUUUUUAAAUCUCACAUCUGCUCUCCCGUGAAUUUCCGGGAGGCACGAAAGAUCUCCUUUUAAAAGUGUCCAAUCAUCCGAUCCUGAUCAAAUAUGUGUGUUCGUAGGCCUGCUCUGGUAUUGCUUUAUCUGCCAAGACAGACAAACUUGAGAAAAAAUCGAGUGACUGUACCUUUUUUGAAGGUUUCUAACCAACUUGUCUGAAAUUCACCGGAGAACAAAUGUGCGGUUUUAAAAAAAGGUGUCGACAUGGAACACACACCACACCACAACAGUCCCAUACUUGGGACGUCAGCGCUCAACAAUGCGCUUUAACCCACGCACCGACGGGGGGGGGGGGCGGAUAUUCGCCCCCUUGAGGUUUUUCGCCAAUAGCGGGAAAACCACGGCGCGUAGCGCCGCGAAAUUUGAUACGACUAUUCUCUCAUCAAUUUUACACAUGGUGUGCAAGUUUGAACCUCCUAACUUUCAAGGUCAGGUCACCAGGUCACUUUGAAUGACCCAACCUCAAGUCACUUUUUUGCAACUUUGUCACCGUGCCAGAGCUACAGUAGAUGUCGGAGGCCUUUAAAAGUCGCAGGAUGUUUUAAGAUCAUUAGUAGCUACAAUUUGUAUGUCUCGGAAUUUUGAUGUCGGUGACCUAAGGUCAUGUCAAUUUCGCGACCUCCCCAUUAUAAGUCAAGGGGGGAAAAAUCAACUCCCUGUUUUUACCACUAAAACGGGUCGGAAUGGCCCCAUAUACCAUACAUGACUUCAUAUACGAUCAACCUUCACUACCUUGAGGUCUGUUUUGCUGUUGGGCAGCUGUAAGGUCAUGUGACGUCAUCAAAGGUCACCAAAGUUUUUUGCCAAUAACUCCGUACAGGAACAAGAUACAGCCGCGCGGAUGGUCUCAUUGUGUUCAGCUCGUCAAGACGCAUCGAAUGAUAUACAUGAUGACCUCAUGGUCACGUGACCUGAGGUCAACCUUUGACCUUGACCUUUCGAGGUCAACAUAUAUAUCAUUCGAUGCGGAUUGACGAGAGUAUCACGAUGAUGCCCUUAGUUUGUUCCUAUCUUGACUAAUUCGAAAGUUAUUCGAGAAAAACUCUCUCCAUAUCUAGCGCCGCCAUUUUGACUUUUUCGACCCCUGUGACGUCAUCUUUGACCUGACCUGAAAUGACCUUAGUAAAAAUUGUAGAACUUUUCCGUGUGUAUCCGAUGCCGUUUACCGCUUGUCGCUAUCUUGCUUCGUUCUCGAGAUCUCAGGGGGGCGGUCAUCCGCCCCCCCCGUCGGUGCGAAGUUGGCGCAGUCGGUGCGCGGGUUAACUGUGACGCAAACACAUUUACAAGAUCAGAGCGACUCACAGAAUGUGUAUGUGUCCAUAUUACAUGAAAUCAUGAUCUGAGAAGCUUUUACCAAAAAUGCAGUAAAAAAAAACUUCACGAAAAUAAAAUUCAGCUUGCCUAAAACGCAAUUAUUUUAGAUGACCUAGGUUGACCUUGACCCUGACCUUGACAUCUGUAAAUCGUCGAACAACAUGUUCCAUGAUAGGUGGGAGGUAAGACUGGCAAAAAAGGCCGAAAUCAGGGUGUCAAAAGCUGACAAGGCCCAUAGUUAACGCAAGAUGUUGAGAAUCGGUCAUUUGGGUCAUGACAUGACCUGAAAAACAAGGUCAUAUCUCUGAAACAAAAACCACAGAAACUUGAAAUUUUUAGUGGACAUCAAGAAAGGAUAGAGGAGAAGCUAUACAAAAAAUCAGGCCUCUAACUCUAACAAUGUGGAGUGCAGAGCAGAAAGACUACCUGGGGGGGGGGCUGGCAACCACCCCCCCCCCCCACAGUGAGGCAAAUGGGGUUCACGAGUUGCCAUAAACACGAAAAAGGCCCAAAAUUAAAGUUCACCUAACCUGCGCGGGGCUGGGGGGGUAAAUUUUACCCACCCUCGCGAAUUUUUGCAAUAACUCAAAAACAGCGGGGCGCAGCGCCACCAAACCUUCAGUACCUUUUCUUACAUCAAUUUGACACGUUCUCUGAAAAUUUGAGCGAAAUCGGUCGGUAAAUUUUCGAGAAAUUGACGUUUUAGUGACGUCAUGUUCGCCAUUUUCGCCUCUAAAACGGCAAAAUUUCAAACGCCGCUAACAUCUUCAUUUUUAAAGGAAUCAAGACGUAACAAAAAGGUUAUACGUAGUUCUUCUUUGUCUAUCAAAUGGCUAUCUCGGUUUUUUGAAAAUUUUGGAUUUUGGCCAAAAGUUUUUCUAAAAACUGACUUUUUUGGGAAAAUAAUGAUAAAAUCCAAAAUUUCAAGUGUAUCGACGAAACCGGAGUAUAUGUCAGAGAUGUGGUCUAUGUGCACCUACAUACCAAUUUUUAAAAGAAUUGGGUCAAAAAUGUGGGAGUUAUUAAAAAUUUCAUAACGUCACGACACACAAUUUUUUGAAAAAAAAAA